AUGAAGAUCUGUUUGCUUCGGUUACAGACUCAUCAAUGGUGUUUCCUGCUGUGUAACGUCAUCUUGUUUCAUGCCCUGCUGUUUGGCGGUGACAUUGUCGAAGAAUUCCUGCUGCAGUCCUCUCCUGCCGCUUACACCGACCGAUUGGUCCUCGAGGUUCGGGAGCGUGCACGGAAACUGGACCUGACUGAAACCAGGCUCAACACCUCGCAGCUCUAUCCCAUUAACGCUGAGCCAUGCCUUCAUCAUCAGGACCUCCUCAUCCUCACCGUGGUCUUCAGUUCCCAAGGAAACUCAAGCCAAAGGGAGGCCUUGCGAAACUCGUGGGCCAAUCAGACCACAGUGCAGCGCAUUGCUGUGCGGACAUUGUUCUUCAUUAGCCCCUCCUCUUUAGAGGCGGGGCAUGAGUCAAUGAGGGAGGAGUCAGAACGCUAUUGUGACAUUGUGCUGAGUGAGGACGGGGCUUUGCAAGGCGACUGGGAGAGAAGAAAUUGGGAGCAAGUGAAAAUGGCACUUCGCUGGAUACUUCUCUUCUGCCAAGAAGCUCGAUUCAUCGUGCUUUCCGAAGACUCUGUGUAUUUAAACCUACCUGCACUUGCAUCAUACCUGCUAGGGCUGAGAACGCACCCCGAUGACCUUUACCUGGGCAGGGUCAUCCAUCGGGCUGCACCUGAGCGAGACCCCGGUAAAGCACAUUACCUUCCGUAUCAUUUGUAUCCUGAUAAGUAUCUCCCAGACUACUGCUCUGGCCCCGCUUUCCUCUUGUCACAAGAUGUUGUGAGGAAGGUUUAUGUCGCUGCUGAGGACGUAGCACUGCCCCUUCCCUCAGACCUUCUGAUUGGCCUGUGCGCAAGAAGGGCAGGUGUGGUGGCCACUCACAGCGCUCGAUUUUCCGGCGACCGACACAUUCGAUAUAAUCCCUGCUGCUACAACUUUCUAUUCAGCUCAGCAGGAAUGGGGGUGGGGCUGAUGGGUGUGGCUUGGAGAGAUUUGGGGGAGGGAAAUGGGAGGGGCUGUGGCAUAUUGGAAACAUACUACAGUUUGGUAGUCUGCAAAGCAAUGACCUACCUGGACAAACUUUCCUUUCUGAGUGACGACAACACCCAGGACUAG